GACUGGAAGCUUUAUUACAGGUUUAAUUUGCUAUUUGCAGAUCUACAGGUGAUGGUGAAUCCUGACACAGUGACAGAGGGACAGAGUGUGAGACUGACCUGUAGCACCACCUGCACUCUGACUGGCAGCCCAGCCUUCAUCUGGUACAGGGACAGAUCUCCUCUGUCCUUCACUGGUCAGAGUCACCAGUUCACAGCCAGCAGUGAAGAUGCAGGCAGAUACUCCUGUGCUGUGAAAGGCUAUGAGCUUCAUUCCCCUGUAGUGGCUCUUAAUGUGAGAUAUCCUCCUAAGAGCGUCUCAGUAUCAGUGAGCCCCUCUGGUAAAAUAGUGGAGGGCAGUUCAGUGACUCUGACCUGCAGCAGCAAUGCCAACCCACCUGUGCAGAACUACACCUGGGUUAAGAAGAAUGACACUGGAGUCUGGCUGGCAGGAUCUGGACAGAGUUUGAUCUUUUCUAACUUUAGAUACUGGAACAGAGGACAGUACUACUGUGAGGCACAGAACAGACUUGGAGCUCAGAAUGCUUCUGCUAUACUGGUCACAGUGCAAGGAGGUCAGUCACUGAUCGUGGCUGCAGCUCUGGGAGUCGCUGAAAUUUUGGCUCUUGUGUUUCUCUGUGUGUGCGUGAGGAGGAGAAAAUCAACAAAUGAGACAGAAGAGGACAGGCAGGGGAAUAAAAGCCCCAUUUUUGGCAACGUCUCAGAGAUGGCAAUGAGUCACACUGGAACACAGGAUACAGACAGAGACAACGGUGAAGUUCCCCUCUACUCCUCUGUUCAGCCCGCUAACACCCGCAACCAGAGCGUCUCACUGGAUAGACCAGAGCGUCUCACUGGAUAGACCAGAGCGUCUCACUGGAUAGACCAGGGUGUCUCACUGGAUAGACCAGAGCGUCUCACUGGGGAGAGCUAAGAAUGUUGUGCUGUGAUUUAUGUUGGAAACAAA